AUGUCGGUCGUCGCCCCCAUCAAGGCCUCGCUGAACCGCAUCGCGUUCGUCACCGGCGCCGGCCAGGGCAUCGGCCGCGCGAUCGCGACGCGCCUCGCGCGCGACGGGUACGACCAGAAGGUGGACGAGGUCGUCGCGGAGAUCAAGGCGCUCGGGCGCGACGCGAUCAGCGUGCAGGCGGACGUGCGCGAGCCGAAGCAGAUCGAGGCGGCCAUCGCGGAGACGGUGGAGAAGCUCGGGCCGCGGCUGUACGUGAGCGUCGCGAACGCGGGGGUCACCCAGGUCAAGCCGCUGCUCGAGUGCACGCCGGAGUGGAUCGAGAACGAGGUUCGGAUCAACCUGCUCGGGCUCAUGAACACGCACAUCUUCGCCGCGAAGCAGAUGGUCAAGCAGGGCACCGGCGGGCGCAUCCUCGGCGCGGGCUCGAUCGCGUCGUACCGCACCGCGGAGAACCUCGGGCCGUACGGCGGCACCAAGUUCGCCGUGCGCGGGUUCACCGAGGCCGCGGCGAAGGAGUGGGCGCAGUACGACAUCCGCGUGAACGCGUACGGCCCUGGGAUCGUCGACACCCCGAUGUGGGACCACAUCGACCGCGAGCUGGCGCGCAUCGAGGGCAUCUCGGUUGGAGAGGCCAAGGCGCAGCGCGUGAAGAAGGAGAUCAAGCUUGGGCGCAUCCAGGAGCCCGAGGACGUCGCGAAGCUCGUCUCCUUCCUCGUCUCGGAGGAGGGCGAGUACAUCACCGGCCAGACGAUCAAGACUUGCGGCGGCGCGUCGCUGUAG